AUGGACCUUUCCCAAAAAUUUUGCGAAAAAUGUUCAGUAUAUUGUGAGGAUAAUGAAAAACUACGUAUAUUAAAUACCCAGAAACAAGAAGAAAAUUUAAAAUUAAUUUACGAUUUAUCACUAGCCAAAGCGGAAUGUGAAAAAGAAAAUAAAUUACGUACAGAUAUAGAACAAAAAUUACACAAUGCUAAUAAAUUAGCAGAACAGGAUCAUUAUAAACGUUUGCAAAAGUUUGAGUAUUAUUCCAUGACAGCAGCUUCAAAUUCGACGGUAUAGAGAAAUUAAGAGAGAAUCCAUGAACAUACCAAAGAUACCCCCCACCUCCUCAAUUUCAAAAUUCGUUUUUGAUCACAGAUUCUGAAAGAACGUAUACGAUUUGGUCAGAAAACUAUUAAAAAUUCUUUUUGA